GAAGAGGCAUUCAAAUUGGAGCUGGAGGAUGAAAAAGCCAAGCAAAAAGCCAUUAAAGUAGCCUCUAACCUUGCUGGGGUUGAUCCGAUCGUCAUGGACAUCGAUGAGAAGAAAUUGACAGCAACAGGGGACAUAGAUAAUGAAUGUCCUCCUCCCAUGCCAUCAUAUUAUGCUAGGGUUGUGACAAACAACCCAAGAUAUUGUGUUAUUUGCUAA